AUGAAAAAAUUAAUUGAAUCUCAGCAAUAUAGACAAGCUCUUGACCUUGUUAAUCGUCAACGAUCUAUAUGUGAUCAAAUUACAUUUAAUUUAGCUUUAAAAGCAUGUACAAAAUUGAAUGAUUAUCAAUAUAGUAUUCGAAUUCAUCAACAAUUAUCAUUAAAAGCACUUGAAAACCCAUUUAUUCAAGCAUCUUUAAUUCAUUUCUAUAUGCAGUGUCAUGAUGUUGAUCAAGCUCAUAAAAUUUUUUCAACUAUUAAGAAUAAAACAGUUUCUAUGUAUGGUGCAAUGUUCAAAGGGUAUAUCUCAAAUAAUAUGCCAGGAAAAGUUAUUGAAUUAUUUGAGAAAAUAUCAAUAGAAAUCAAUGAAGUGGUCAUUACAAUGUUAUUUAAUGCUUGUGCUAAACUUUGCAAUAGUCAUGCAAUUAAAAUUGGACGAGACACACUCAAUCGAUUACCAACUUCUUUUCUUCGACAUCCAACUUUAGUUACUUCAGCAAUUGAUAUGUUCAUGAAAUUUGGUGAAAUAGAAUCUGCUGAGUAUCUAUUUUCACAAAUUAAACAAAAGACUUCCUAUAGUUAUGGAGCGAUGAUGCAAGUCUAUCUUAAGAAUAAUUUAUCUGAGAAAGCAUUAGAUCUAUUUGAAAAAAUUCUCAUGAAACCUAAUGACGUUCUAUAUACAAUUGUAUAUAAUGCAUGUGCUUCAUUAUCAAAUGAAAAAGCAAUUCAAUUGGGAAAGAAAAUAUUUGAUCAAAUGCCAAAGGGAUAUCUAAAUAAUAUUGUUUUAGUUACUUCAGUAAUGCAUAUGUUCAUGAAAUUUGGUGAAAUAGAAAUUGCUGAAGAUCUCUUCUCAAAAAUUAAACAACACAGUCCAUAUACUUAUGGAGUAAUGAUUCAUGGUUAUAAAACCCAUCAAGACCCACAGAAAUGUUUAUCACUUUUCGAACAAAUGAAAAAAGAAAAUUUAACAAUAGAUGAAGCUAUAUAUGUAGCAUUAGUUGGAGCAUGUUCUCAAAUAGGGAUACGUUCCAUUUGUCAGAAUAUUGGUAAAUCAGGUGAUAUUGAUCAAGCAAAACAAAUAUUUCAAUCGAUUUCUCAACCUGAAAUUAUUACUUAUAAUUCUAUGAUAAAUGCAUAUGCAAGAAAUGGAAUGGGUUAUGAAGCAAUUAAUUUGUAUAAUAAAAUACCCGAGAAUAUUCGUGAUAAAAUCUCCCAUAUUUGUGUUUUGAAUGCUUGUUCUCAUUCGAGUCUCAUUGAUCAAGCUCAAAUGAUAUUCAAUAAAAUCGAUAAAAAAUCAGAAGAAAUUGUUACUACAAUGAUCGAUUGUCUUAGUCGUAUGGCUAUGUUUGAUCCAGCACAAAAAUUGAUUGAUGAUUAUGAAAAGUCAAAUUCGCCUUAUCUGAUUAUGUAUUCAGCCAUCUUGUCAGGUGCUCGAAAUCAUCGUCAUAUUGCUCUUUCAGAAAAAAUAUUCAAUCGAAUGAGAUUAUUAUUUCCUAAUGAAAAAUCUGCUUUGAUUUCUGCUUCAGUUCUAUUAUCAAACACUUAUUCAUCUUUGGGAGAUGAUCAACAAGUCGCAGCAAUACGAAUGGAUCGGAUAAAAGAACUUGGUAAAAAUGUCAAAGUUGGAGUAUCAUGGACUGAAGUUAAUGGUCAACUUGUGAGAUUCCAAGCUCAUGAUCGUUCUCAUCCUCAAUCAGAUAAAAUCUAUGCUGAACUUGAACGUUUAUCAAAUGAAUUGAGAGAACAUGGUCAUGAAUAUGAUUCAACUUGGGUUACCCGGCCACUUAAAAACGAGGAAACUAUUGAAUCUGUAUUAUGUGGUCAUAGUGAAAAACUUGCUAUUGCAUUUAAUUUUAUUCAGUAUCCUCGACCAUCAUUUAUUCAAAUAACAAAAAAUCUUCGUGUCUUUGGAGAUUGUCAUCGUGCAACAAAACUCAUUGCAAAAAUUCGACAAUGUGAAAUCAUUGUACGUGAUGCGAAUCGUAUUCAUCAUUUUCAUACAAAUGGACAAUGUUCUUGUCAAGAUCAUUUUUAA